AUGCCGUGUGCCAAGAGCAGCGGUGGAGUUAAGUGGUUCCCAGAGAAGGAGAAAGAAAAUCAGGAGGAAUAUGAGACAAAGGAUGUAGCUCUGAAACCUCAGGAACGCGUGGAGAAGCGACAGAAUCCGCUUGCCAAGAAGAAACGGGAAGCACUUACCAAUGGGCUGGCGUAUAUUCCAAAAAAGAACAGACUUCACCACCACCAGUACAACUCUGACCGAGAAAAUGAUCGUAAUCUUUGUCAGCACCUUGGGAAAAGGAAGAAAAUACCGAAGGGCCUCAGACAGCUCAAGCCAGGUCAGAACAGUUGCCGAGACAGUGACAGUGAAAGCGCCAGUGGGGAAUCGAAAGGUUUCCAUCGAAGUAGCUCUCGGGAAAGACUCAGUGACAGCUCAGCUCCUUCCAGCUUGGGAACAGGCUACUUUGUAAGUGUAUCUCAACUUUAA